UUAACUUCCUGUUGUCACAUUCAUUUGUGUCCCCAAAAUGGCGAACGUAGCUGCUGCUGCGGCUGCUGCAGCCGCUGCUGCUGCUGCUGCGAACAGAGACCCAGCUGUUGAUCGAUCACUACGAUCAGUGUUUGUGGGAAAUAUUCCGUAUGAAGCCACUGAAGAACAGCUGAAAGACAUCUUUUCUGAAGUCGGACUUGUUGUCAGCUUCAGGUUAGUAUAUGACAGAGAGACAGGGAAGCCAAAAGGAUAUGGCUUCUGUGAAUACCAAGACCAGGAGACAGCCCUCAGUGCCAUGAGGAACCUGAAUGGACGGGAGUUCAGUGGUCGGGCUCUACGUGUUGAUAAUGCAGCUAGUGAGAAAAACAAGGAAGAGCUCAAGAGUUUGGGAACUGGAGCCCCCAUUAUUGAAUCUCCCUAUGGAGACAGCCUCCAGCCAGAGGAGGCUCCAGAGUCCAUCAGCAGAGCCGUGGCCAGUCUGCCACCAGAGCAGAUGUUUGAACUGAUGAAACAGAUGAAGCUGUGUGUGCAGAACAGCCCCCAGGAGGCGAGGAACAUGCUGCUGCAGAACCCCCAGCUGGCCUACGCUCUGCUGCAGGCCCAAGUGGUCAUGAGAAUCGUGGACCCCGAGAUAGCUUUGAAAAUGCUCCAUCGUCAAACUGCAGUCCAGCCUUUGAUUCCUGCCGGUCAGGGUGGAGGAGCCCCGCCCGUCAACCCACCUGCUGCACCAUCCAUCAUUCCCGUGUCUCAGCCUCAGCCUGUUCCUGGAAUGCACGUCAAUGGAGCCCCACAAAUGAUGCAGCCUCCAAACAUGGGUGUUGUUCCUGGAGCAAUGCCUGUACCAGGACCUGGACCCGGACCCGUACCAGUACAAGGACCAGGGCCAGUGGGACCUCCAGGACCUGGUGGUAUCCCGCCCAGAGGCCUCCUGGGAGAUGGUCCCAAUGAUCCAAGAGGAGGAACUCUGCUGUCUGUCACUGGGGAGGUCAUUGACCCUGGUCGGGCUUACAUGGGAGCUCCUCCAACCCACCAAGCCCCGCCUGUACACAUGGCCCCGAUGGCAGGCGGACCCCCUCCGGAUAUGAGAGGACCCCAAAUGGACAUCAGAGGCCCACCCAUGGGUGAACCCAGAAACAUGAUGGGUGACCCCAGAGGGCCCCCGAUGAUGGAGCCGCGUGGACCUCCUAUGGAGACCAGAGGUCGUGACCCAAGGGCGAUGGACACUCGCGGUCCAGUAACUGGACAAAGGGUUCCUAUGCCGACAGGAAUGCCAGGCCCUGCUCCUCAUAACAUGGGUGCCAAUGCUCCUCCACCUGCAAGACCGGGACCUGGUAUUUCAGGUGUUCCAUCAUCUGGUGGAGGCUUUAGUCCAGGACAGAGCCAGGUAUCCACACAGGACCAGGAGAAGGCCGCCCUGAUAAUGCAAGUCCUUCAGCUGACCCCUGAACAGAUCGCCAUGUUGCCGCCUGAGCAGCGGCAGAGCAUCCUCAUACUCAAGGAGCAGAUUCAGAAGACUGCUGGAGGAGCCACUUGACGCUCUGACAGAGAGAAACCUCCAAAAAGAAAGGUUCCAGGACAGUCUGCUCCACCCUGCCCGCUCCCUGAACAGGUCUGAAGACAUCUCUAUAGUUUGGAUUAAUGUAUAGUUUUUUAAAAUCUGUUGUCUGUUUUUUUUCUGUGAGAGAGAGAGAGAGAGAGAGAGAGUAAAGGUUGUGAUGUGGGUUCAAACAUAAGUAAAGCUCUUUUGAGCUAAAGAACAAUUAAAGUUCACUUCUGUUUUGUCA